GUCUGGGUGAAGUUACAAUCUCAUUCUCCUAUUUCUUUCAUUUAUUUGUAAGAGACAAUGAGUUCGUCAGUUGGUCACCUGGACGAAAAAUUGGAGAAACUACGAGGGGAUAUUAGAAGAGGUAAGUGGCCAGAAGUAUUUGAAACGUACAAGCAAGAAAGGGCGCUCCGCACGGCCGAGAUAACAGCAAUGGGAGAUACUAUGUUACACAUGGCCGUGUGUGAAGAGGAAGAGAAGGUGGUGGCAAAAGUGGUGGACUUUUUAGUUCUUGAAGAGCAAGUUCGUGCCCAGAAUGAUGUGGUGGUUACGGUGAAUGGAGACGGCGAGGGCAGUCAGAACAUGAACGUCAUUCUUGGGGCUAAGAAUGGUAGAAACAACACUCCUCUACAUUUAGCAGCAACAAUGGGAAAUGUUAAAAUGUGCAAGAAAAUGGGUGGCGUAGAUGUAGAACCCUCCUCAAUUGCUCGCCGUAAUGUUGACGGUGAGACACCCCUUUUUCUAGCAGCUCUAAAUGGCAAGAAAGAAGCUUUUCUUUGGCUUCAUUAUCAGCAUAUGAGAAGCAGUGGUGUUUCUUCAACUAACAUUGCUCAUUGCAUAAGGGACAACAACGAUACUAUUCUUCACUGUGCAAUUGCAGAAGGGCAUAUUGAUGUGGCAAUUGAAAUUGUUCACCUUUAUAAAGAUCAUCUGAAAGAGAUGAUGGGGCGUAAUAAGGAAGGGUUGUCUCCCCUUCAUCUUCUAGCAGCAAAGCGUUCAGCUUUCAAAAGUACUGCCCUCCUUGAACGAUCAAUCUUUGUUCGUCCAAUUUAUUGGGUUUUGAGAGUUAAGAAGAAGAAGCAAGCCACGACGAUGGAAGAAUUGGAGAAACGUGAACGCCAACUGCGCGUCGGGGACCUCUUGCGCGCAUCUGUCAACAAGUUUGUUAGAAGGUUUUUAAGAGUUAAGAAGAAUAAGCGUGCCAUGACGAGGGAAGCAUUGGAACGACGUGAACGCCAACCAUGGUAUGCGCUGUUGGAUUAUGCUGAAAAUCGUCAUGAUGAUGACGACGACGACGAAGAACGCUCUUUGGUCGCGAUGAUCGGGGAUAUACUUGUGUAUCUGCUUGUGAUUUUGACUUUGAUUCCGCUAGCCCCCCUAAUGAUCUCCGAGGAUUUAUUUUUAUUAGCAGAGAGGUGGCUGCAUCAGAUACGAAAAAUGAAGGAGAAGCACACAUGGUCGCUUCAAAUAAUGAACGAGCUUCUUCAACAUGCUUCUAAGGAAGAUAUGUCACAAAUAAUAUCAAGAACCAACUCUGAGCAGCUUUCAAUUCUCCAGCAACCAGAACAGAGUUAUGAGAGGGAGUCAAUGGCGAUGCCACCAUCUGGUACAAUAACAAUUGAGACACCCUUAAUGAUUGCUGUGAAGAAUGGUGUGGUGGAAAUGGUGAAGAGGAUUUUGAAGUUCUUUCCAUCAUGUAUCAAGGAUGUGAAUAUUAAGGGAAAGAAUGUAGUUAUGCUGGCAGCAGAAUAUAGGCAAACGGAGGUAUUCUGGUUUUUGUGCAAACAAAAAAGGCUAAGUGAAAGUCUGUUUUGGCAAGUAGAUAAAGAGGAAAAUAAUGCAUUGCACUUGGCAGCAAGGCUUGGAGUGGAGGCUGAUUGGCUCAAUCCUGGGGAAGAAUUCUACAUUAUGUCAAGAGAAAUCAAUUGGUUCAAGUUUGUGAAGGAUUCAAUGCCCCAUGAUUUGUUGAAGAGAUAUAAUAGGAAAAUGGAGACCCCAGAUGAUAUCUUCAAAGAGAGUCACAAAGAACUUAUGAAAAGCGAGAGAAAGUGGGCGACUAAAACCUCACUAGCAUGUUUUAUGGCAUCAACCCUAGUUGCAUCCGCAGCCUUCACCACAUGCACCAAUGUGCCAGGUGGUUAUGAUAACGAGGGUUAUCCAAUCCAUAGAAACAAACCAGGAUUCCAAGAUUUUAGAGACUCUUCAUUUAAAGCCCUCUACUUUUCUCUCAUUUCCACCAUCAGCUUCCUGUCCAUAGUUGCUUCUCCUUCCCAAUAUGUUCACACUUGGAGAGACAUUCCUUCCAAGCUUCACUGUGGUAUGUUCUUCAUGUUCUACUCCAUUGUUCUCAUGUGGAUCUCUUUCUGUGCUGGUUAUUUCGUCAUGCUUGAUAAGGACAACCAAACAUUGCACCUUGUUUUUCUAAAGUACUUUGUGCACUCAUUGGGGAUCGUCCUUUUGGUUAUCAUGCAAUUCCCCACAUUUUCUGUUCUUGAGCUCAUUCCUGGCCCUAGACGCAAGGCCACUCGUCCCAUUGAGUACCGAAGGACCCGCAACGAGGAAAACGACACAGAUAUUUAAAAGCUUUUGUGUGUUGAUUUGAUGUUUUUAUUUCUUUUCUCUUUGUAUUUUGUAAUAUUAUGUGUGACCAUAUCUCAUUCCGUCAUACUGUAGCUUUAGUUUUAUAAUUAUAAUUUUUUGUGUGACAA